AUAUGGAGAACCGAAGGAAUGCAGACCGAUAAUAUGUCUAAGAUAAGUGUGGAUUCAGAACCCAUCAGAAUCCCACAUGGCACCAUUAUCACUGGUACAAUCACGUGCGAAAACAAUGCCGGGAUGAUAAAACAGACCCGUACAAAUGACGUCACCAUCCUUCUUGAUCCUCCCGGACAUACCGACAGCCGAAUAACAUUCCUAAAUGUCCACGGUACCACGGUCACUGGACAGGUCGUGACGAGGUUCGGGGAGAACCUUCAGUUCCAUUGGGACGAGUUUGACUACCCCGUGAGUGACGUCACGUACCAGUAUCGUAUAGAUUACAUGAACGGGUCCAAGACAUCGUGGGUAGACGUGGGUUUCCAUAACUAUGUUACAACUUACACGUUAAACAUCGUGGAGGGCUCGGAAUGUGGCUUGGAAGUAAGAGGCUCUAACGAGAGAGGUGUUUUCAGUGAGAUCAUCAACUCAACCAUAUAUGUACUCCGACAGUCACCGUUAUUGACAGGAACGCCAUGUGAAUUCCCGGAAGUUGAGGGAGGAACUGUCACCCUUAAUUGUUCCCAGGUUUUUGAAGUGACUGACAGGCUGAAGACGUCCUACAUACUGACAGUUGGAACCGAACUCGGAUUCUCUGAUGUCGUGUGGUAUCACGUGUUUGACAGUAACGUCUUCACGUUUGAGUUUGAUGAUAGUAUAGCGGAACUUUUUGUGAUGGUAACAGCUGUGUAUGACACCGGUCCAGAAACCACAUACAGAGACAGCUUUUCCCUAGUGUAGUAACUAAACACUACAUGAACUUCUAAAAAAUAGUAUAUAAUUAUCUUUGAUAUAUUAUGUUUAUUUAUACCCAAAAAGACACAUGUCGACGAACAAGAGACCAUUGUCUUACUGUCGCUGAACCCUUCAUGUUAACGAGAAAACGCCGCCGAAUCCUUUAUAUUAACGAUGAUGUGUAAAACUAUUGUGAUCAGUAUUACAUUGUAAGUGCACAUUAAUAUUAUAGGGUUGUCCGGUUGAACACAAUGGUUUUCCACACCAGGAGAAUUAGAAGUUGUGGUAUCUGCACAAAUAACGAUAUCCGGAUGAUUGAAUGCAAAUGAAAUGUAUUAUGUAUACCGAUGAUGACUUAGUAACUGAGAAGCUUCAUUCAGUUUAAAAACCAUGCUGUUGUAACUUGAAACAAGUAACACCAAGAUGACGAAUAUUUCUUACUACAAUCACUUCGACUGGUAUAAUUUCAGUACGCAUGCGUGACAGUGAUAAACAUUUUGUAAACAACAUCUGAAUUAGCACACUGCUAUGUAAUGCUAAACGUGAUUAUUAACUUCAAUCUUGAAUCAAACCUAAGUUAAACGAUGACAUACAGAUAGCACCGUACUAAUAGUAUGAUGGCUGUACACCUCGGGUUAGCGACAGUUUUUUUUAUUUCUCGGUGUUGUCAACAAGAAAUUCGAACUCCGUCUACUUCAAAUGCAUCCAAUCACCGCUAAUGUAA